AUGCGUCUGUUGACGCCCGAUCGCGAGCGUGACCAGCAGGCCACCUCGGCAUACAACGUCUUCUCGCGCGCGCGAGAGGAGCUCUCCGGUAGCAAUGUAGGAAGAGGUUCGACCGAAAACUCAACAGUGCACAGCGACGUCAACAGCCUCUUACAAGACGUCGAAAGCUCGCUUUCCAAGGGCAGGCCGAAGGCCAAGGUGACCCGGGUGCGAUUCAAGAGCAGAGAAGAUCUUAAGGACGACGGCAGCACAUCCAGUAGACCGACUUCGCCGGCAAGAUCAUAUCAGCCGCCUGCAAGCACACGCACUCUCUCGCGUGACCCCUCCAUUCUCGACAACGCCCCCGAAAUCCCUCCAUUGACAAUCGACUCUCCUCAAUACGCUCCAUUCCGACCCUCUUCGCGCUCGUCACAAUCGCCCACACGCCCGUGGUCGUCUGGCAAAGGCUCCUUGGACUAUACAAGACCUCCACCUUCCAAUGUCUCCUACGAGCCCUCGGACAUCAACGGCAGUCCCAGACCAGGUACGCCGUCUUCACAGUAUGGUGGUUCACCAAAGCGGCCAUUGCCUCCGGCACCACUAUUCGCAGGAGGUCGACCCCUGGCCUCGGACGUGCCACUCGAUGCGCCUCAAAUGACUGCCAUAGACAUGGAUGAGGAUGCCGAUGAUGUGUUUGGCCCCCCAAGCGAUGACACUGUGUCAACCAAGAGACCGGAUCUCAAAUCACACGACAGCUUCGCUUCUGCUUCCACGUUCACUGACGACCUCUACAACGACAAAGCAGAAGAUCUGUACGGCCCAGCACCGACAGGCAAGCAGGAGCGCCGAGGAGCAAGACAGGCACAGAUGGCGAAGAAGGAGGUGCGCUUGAUCAACGGCGAGCUCAUCCUAGAGUGCAAGAUCCCCACCAUUCUGUACUCGUUCCUGCCCAGGCGUGACGACGUGGAGUUUACUCAUAUGCGAUACACCGCCGUCACAUGUGACCCGGAUGACUUCGUCGACCGCGGCUACAAGCUUCGCCAGAACAUCGGCUUCUCGGCGAGAGAGACGGAACUCCUCAUCUGCGUGACCAUGUACAACGAGUCCGAGAUCCAUUUCACGCGGACCAUGCACGGCAUCAUGCGCAACAUCUCGCACUUCUGCAGUCGAGCCAAGUCGCGGACCUGGGGCAAGGACGGAUGGCAGAAGAUCGUCGUCUGCGUCAUCUCCGACGGCCGUGCAAAGGUGCAUCCGCGGACUCUUGACGCGAUUGCAGCAAUGGGUUGCUACCAAUCCGGCAUCGCCAAGAAUCAAGUCAACCAGCGUGACGUGACCGCCCAUGUGUACGAGUACACCACGCAGGUCUCCCUCGACGCGGAUCUGAAGUUCAAGGGCGCGGAAAAGGGCAUCGUGCCGUGCCAGAUGAUCUUCUGUCUCAAGGAGAAGAAUGCGAAGAAGCUGAACAGCCAUCGCUGGUUCUUCAAUGCGUUUGGCAAAGCGCUGAACCCGAACGUGUGCAUCCUUCUCGACGUCGGAACGCGGCCUGGUAACGACUCGCUGUAUCAUUUGUGGAAGGCAUUCGAUAUGGAUUCGAGAGUUGCAGGCGCUGCGGGCGAAAUCCGUGCUGCAAAGGGCAAAGGCUGGUUGCAGCUGCUCAAUCCGCUUGUGGCCUCGCAGAACUUCGAAUACAAGAUGUCCAAUAUCCUGGACAAGCCGCUCGAGUCGGUGUUUGGAUACAUCACGGUGCUGCCGGGUGCGCUGAGUGCCUAUCGAUUCCACGCUUUGCAAAAUGAUGCGACCGGCCAUGGCCCACUCAGUCAAUACUUCAAGGGCGAAACGCUCCAUGGUCAGGAUGCAGAUGUGUUUACCGCCAACAUGUAUCUCGCCGAGGACCGCAUCUUAUGCUGGGAGCUGGUAGCCAAACGUAACGAGCAAUGGCUGCUCAAAUACGUCAAGAGCGCCACAGGAGAGACCGACGUGCCCGAUGCCAUUCCCGAAUUCAUCUCGCAGCGUCGCAGAUGGUUGAAUGGUGCCUUCUUCGCCGCCGUCUACUCGCUCUUGCACUUCAAGCAGGUCUGGAGUACGGACCACACCAUCGCUCGCAAGAUCAUGCUGCACGUCGAGUUCGUCUACCAGUUUGUGCAGCUGCUCUUCACCUUCUUCUCGCUCGGCAACUUCUACCUCAUCUUCUACUUCAUCGCCGGCUCGCUCUCGGAUCCCACCAUCGACCCCUUCCCGCACAACCUCGGCCUGUACAUUUUCGUGCUCCUCCGCUACGUCUGCGUGCUGCUCAUCCUGAUGCAAUUCAUCCUCUCGCUGGGCAACAGGCCGCAGGGCGCGAAGAAGAUGUUCCUCGGCUCCUUCAUCACCUUCAGCAUCAUCAUGGCGUAUAACACCUUCGCAGCAAUCUACAUUGUCGUCGUCGAACUGACGACGAAACUGGGCGACAACGCGGGGCACAAGCACAACACCAUCCAAAUGGGUAACAACGUCUUCACCAACAUCGUCGUCAGCAUCCUCUCCACCGUCGGCCUGUACUUCAUCAUGUCCUUCCUCUACCUCGACCCGUGGCACAUGUUCACCAGCUCGGCGCAGUACUUCGCCCUGCUCCCCAGCUACGUCUGCUCGCUGCAAGUCUACGCCUUCUGCAACACCCACGACGUCACCUGGGGCACGAAAGGCGACAACGUGCUCAAGCAGGACCUGGGCGUGGCGAAAGUUACCAAGAACGGCGCAGUGGAGGUGGAAAUGCCGUCGGAGCAGCUCGACAUCGACUCCGGGUACGACGAGGCGCUGCGCAACCUGCGCGACCGCAAGGAGGCGCCCAAGGACGUGGUGAGCGAGACGCAGCAGCAGGAGGACUACUAUCGCGCUGUGCGCACGUACGUCGUCAUCGUCUGGCUGUGCUGCAACGCCGUGCUCGCCAUGAUUGUCAGCGAGGCGUACAGCAAUACGCACGUCGCGGACAAUCUGUACCUCUCCUGCAUCCUCUGGCUCGUCGCGGGCCUCGCGCUGUUCCGCGCUAUUGGCUCGAGCACGUACUUGUUCCUCAAUGUCGUGCACUCGAUUGCGAACGCGGAGACGAAGUGGAUGAGCGCGGCGCAUGGUAGUAAGGCGAGCAGUCUGGGGAGCAAGAGCAGUGUGGGCGGCUUGAGUGAGAAGACGUUUGGCUUGCCGGAUUGGAUGAGUGGCGGGAGUGAUUGGUUGAGUAGUAAGAUGAGUAGUCUUGCGCCGAGCAGUGCUGGUAGCAGUCGUGGGAAAUGA